GCUUGUUUCUUUCUUGCGGGGGCGGGCUGACGGGCUGGAUGGCCGCGAUCUUGGGCUUCCUCGGCAGACGCGAGCCCGGCUGCUUAUCUUUUGCCAUUGCGGUUGCCCCUUGCUGCGCCGGGUCCGAUUGCCUGACUGACUGACUGGGCCCUGACUGACGAACGGACUGUGUGACGGACUCGCUGACAGCCGCUGCCAGAAGCACAGACACACACGCUUGGCGUGUGCCAGGAGCAGGGUAGACAAAGCCUCAGAUGCCCACGCCCUGCACCCGUUUCUUUUCUUCUUUUUCUGCUACCACUUCUUCCUCAAAGGACUCGAGCCAACAUAGGGAGCCCAGCCCCGCCAGCGCCCUUCCCGAAGCCCCUGCCCUCACUCCGGCCCCUCCGGGUCUCCCCGCUUCCAGCCUCCUGUGCUCCAGGCGCAGGAUCCCCCCACUCCACAGCCCCACCCUCGUGGUGCCCGUCCCAGCGCCUGCCGUCGCUCCUGCGGCCCGCGGAGGUGCCAGGGUGGCAGGGCAGGAGCCAGGGGACCUGCAUUCUCACUCUCCCUCCUUCGACCUCAAGCCCUGGCUGUGCUCACAGGUGGACAUGUCCCACGUAGAGUGCAAGGACCCGGAGCCACAGCCCUUCCGGGACAGCAAGGAGCAGCAGCACGAGGAGGAAGCUGGUCGGGGGUCAUCUAGAAGUCAGGUCUCUAGCCCCUCUAUCGCCACCUCCAGUGCCAACCGCCAGCUGAUGAUGCUGGAAGGGAAGUCAGGACCCUACUUUUCCUCUCUGGACUUGAGCAUCGACACCCUGAAGAAGAGGGCUCAGGAGCUGAUUGAAAACAUCAACGAGGGCAGGCAGAAAGACUACGCAUUCAUGACCAACUUCAGGGACAGCCUCAAGAUCAAGGUUUCAGACCUGACAGAGAAGCUAGAGGAAAGGAUGCAUCAGACUUAUAAUGACCACAACAAGAUCAUUCAGGAAAAGCUCCAAGAGUUCACCCAGAAAAUGGCAAAUAUCAGCCAUUUGGAAACAGAGCUCAAACAAGUGUGCCACACUGUGGAGUCGGUGUACAAAGACCUGUGUGUCCAGCCUGAGGCCACUACUUUGGAAGAAGAACAGAGCCACAAGGACAGCGAGUGCUGACGGCUUCCCGAAAAGUGCCCUUUGUGACAGCCACCAAGAGAAGGCUCAGAGGCCACCAUUUGAGCACUGCUGAGAAAAUUAUUUUUCACAGUUCUGUAAUGCAUCUUGGAAAAAGAAAAAAGUCCUGGGGGUGGAUCUAAAACUUCAGCAGGUCCGGCCCUGCUGCCAAGGUCCCAGCUUUGGCACUGCCCACAUUUGGCAAAUUCAGCCCACCCUAGGUCCACACAGUUGAUUAAACGUUUGAUUUUCAA